GGGGGGUCGGCGGGGACCAUGGGCGCCUCGGCCUCCCGGGGCCGGCCCGCCCGGGUCCCCCCGCCGGAGCCCGAACCCGAGGAGGCGCUGGACCUGAGCCAACUGCCGCCGGAGCUGCUCCUGGUGGUGCUGAGCCACGUGCCCCCGCGCACCCUGCUGGGGUGCUGCCGCCGGGUGUGCCGGGGCUGGCGCGCCCUGGUGGACUGCCAGGCCCUGUGGCUGCUCAUCCUGGCCCGGGACCACGGCGUCCUGCUGCCGCUCGCCCGCAGCUGCCUGCCCCCGGCCCGCGACGGCAGGCCGAGCCUCCUGGGUCGCUUCUGCGAGCGCCGCCCGAUCGGACGCAACCUCAUCCGCAACCCCUGCGGCCAGGGCUUCCAGAAGUGGACGGUGCAGCACGGUGGGGACGGCCGGGUGGUGGGGGUGAACAUGUCACCGGUGCUUGGGGCCCCCUCGCAGACCUGCUUCGUGUCUUCCUACAGGUGGUGCCACAAAAAGCAGGUCAUGGACCUGGGGGAGGAGGGUCUGUGGCCAGAGCUGCUAGAUAGCGGCAGGAUUGAGAUUUGUGUGUCUGAAUGGUGGGGAUCCCGAGACGACUGUGGCUGUGAGUACAGGCUCCUUGUCCAGCUUCCAGAUGCCAGGCAGAACGUCCUGGACGAUUUCAUCUGCUUUCAGGUGACCCACGUGUUCUCCAACAUCAGGAUGGGCCUGCGCUUUGUGUCUUUCGAACACCGGGGCCAGGACACACAGUUAUGGGCUGGUCACUAUGGAGCCCGUGUGACCAACUCCAGUGUGUUCGUGCGGGCCCGGCUGUCUUAG